CCUUGAGUUUAAAGCUGUCUCAAAGUAAAUUUAAGGCUUUUCUUUAUUGCAGAAGAGGUUAGGUACAAUGGUGUGCUGUGCUGCAGAACAUGUAAUGGUGGCCUUGGGUGAAGGUGGGAGGUAUUGGGAGCACAGCUGGGCACAGGCUGGCUGCCAAAGAGAGCAGGGAUGUAUGUGGAAAUAGCCAAAGAGAGCAGGGAUGUAUGUGGAAAUAGCCAAAGAGAGCAGGGAUGUAUGUGGAAAUAGCCAAAGAGAGCAGGGAUGUAUGUGGAAAUAGCCAAAGAGAGCAGGGAUGUAUGUGGAAAUAGCCAAAGAGAGCAGGACAGUGUUCUCAUGCCUAAUUGCUUUGGAACUUCUUUCUUUUAAUCAGUUAACUCUAAAAUAAUAUUGAAAUUCUUCAUGUUCUUCUUGAGCCGUUGCCUUUUGUAUUGAGCUGUGAUUAGGAGUUCUGAUUAUUAUUUUUUUUAAUCUACAAAAUGUUAUCCUAUUUGUAGUAAGGAAGAUAAUGCCCAGAAGGUGAUACAGUGCUAGAGUAAGCUAGAAUGCUUGAAUCUCUUAUGGCUUAUGGUAUAGGUGCUCAAAGAAAAGCCAUCUUGCCCUUCUCCAGGGCAGGGCUCAAGCUGCUUUCGUCUCAUUCUGUCCCUGUGGAUAAGGUCAUGAUGAGAUGAAUGGUUUUGGUAGGAUGAGGUAUUUCCAAGCUUGGCCAGGGUUUAUAGUUGGGACGAGGUGAGGUAGGCUGGUGCUCAAAUGAUGAGCCUUGAGCUGCAACACUGGCCAAGCAGAACGUGGUCCAUCUGUGAAAUGUGGUGGACAGCAGGGCUCCUCAGUGGGAGUGCUCCUAUUUUGAUUUUGUAGGGUGUUUAAUUUCUGUGUAACACAAGGAGAGAACUCAAAUGUCUCUGGUCUGUAAGCAUGAAGGUGUCGGGUGCUGCUGAGCCAGCUGCUGGGGGAGCAGUGAUGGGAUGGAGGUGGCCAUGGUGGCCCCCUGGUCUGGUUCUGCUGUGUACAGCCUGGUGAAUGGAGCCGUCCCCUCGAGCAUCUGCAUGGCAAGUGCUGUAGGAGUGCAUUAAACAAGGGAAAGGUUAACUUCUGCUAUGGUGUCCUACGGAUUUUUUUUUGUCCAAUUUAAUGGAGUACUGGUUAACUGCUGUGCCUGUACUUAAUUAAAUUAGUAUUAAAGCUUCAGAUUUGUCUUUAGAGUGUCAGUGUACCCUAAACAUACUUGAAAAUGAUUUUUCCAUUGGGAAGAAUGGGAGCUUCCUUUUUUUAAAAAGCCUACAUUUUUCCUGUGUUUAAGGCAGGUAACCUCCUAGUACAACUGGAGGCAAAUCCUCAAAUAUCUGAACGUUAGGAAUGAUGCUUCUCUUUUAGAAUUAGAGCUAUUUUCUAGUUCUCAAACAUCUUUCUGAUGUGCUUUUCAUGAUGCUUCAGUGUGCUACCACACUUAAAAGCUAAUAAGACAUGGCAUCCCACAAAAUGAGAUUACAGCAGACAGAUGUGGAUGGAAUGAGGCCAAAGGAGAAAGGAAAGUUUCUGGAAUUGCAAGCAGCAGGAGCUAAUGCAGUUUGCGAGCACUGUGGACAGUAGGCAGAGGGAGGUGGUGACAGAGAAUCAGAUUUCCCCCGUUUCUUGUCUGUGCGCAGUCUUCAUCCCUGGGAGGCCAAAUGCUUAAUAUAAGCUUCUCAUGCUAACAAAACUCAAAGCUGGUCUUGCAAGGGAAGAGCAGCUGGUACUGGGAGGUUGUAGGUCACUGAAUUUCAUGGGAAUUGUUUGAAUCAGUAAUAGAAGAAGGGAACAGUGCAGAAAUUCAGAAUGUCAGCAGUAGGUUCCUGAAUAUGGUACAGUAAGCAUAGCUGCUGCAACUCCAUUACCUUGUUUGGUAAUUAAGCUUUAUAGGAGUGUGCUGCACCUAGGCUGUUAGAAAGCUUUCACUCUUUCUAGUGCAGCGUUCUAAUGUUGAUUGUGUUCAUUAGUUGAUUGUAAUGGCUCAGUAUUUGUGUACUCGCAGUUAAGGAGUUUGUUUUAACGUGUAGUGCUUACACCUAUUUUUCACAUUCUGGGGCUCUGUCAAGGCCUUUCCACAGAAUGCAGCUCACCCACUAGUAAGUGCUAGCUAGUCUUCUCUCAUUUCCAUGUUAGUGCCGAGAGCAGUCCUAGCAGGGUUGGCUGUCCAUUACAGUUAGAAGUUGUAAUGCUAUCUCCACUAAUUAAAAUUUGAAGAUAAACACUGUUAAAUUCAUUAACCUUGAGGUUAAGGGAAAGCUGUUUCCAGAGCUCAUAGUGUGUUUGUGCUUCUCCAGGAUCCCUGUUUGUCAUGUACUGGUGCUGGAUUGAAAGGACAUGUCACAAGGAGAUCUGGUAGUGCUUCUGGUCUGAAGUGUUGGUUAUUGGCAUCUGGGACCUCUGGGAAUGCCAGAUAAUUUACAACCCGGUUUCUGGCAUGUUCUGUGCGUCACAACGUGCUAUCAGUUUUUGGUGGAUGAAUAUUAAUCUGCAUUGAUAACUCUUCAAAAACUCAGUGGUGCCUCCACCUUCAAUAAUAUCAGUUAAUUCUAUUUUUUAAGGUGAGUAAAUGUAGCAGACCAAAUCAGUAGAUCUUUAUAGUGGCAUGCCAAGGGCUUAUGUUGGACAAUAUUUUACAUGUGACCAAAAAGUAAAUGUAAGAUUUUCUCUGAUGUAUAGACAACACCAGGAUUUACAAGAUGAUUAUGCAAUUGAUGUUUCAAUAUUGGAGUUGUCAGGGCUGCCUGCUAGGCAGUAUCAUAUUCAACCACAACAUGCUCCAGGUACAGCAGGUGGAAAAUUGUAUGUCUAGGAACAAAGAUGUGCAUCAAGAUGCCUUCAGAAGGAGGAAUUACUGUUGAGAAGUGUUGGCUGUGCAGCAGAAAUCUGAGUAAGUGCCUGUCAUUGUAGUGCUUUGGGAAAACACUAAUGUGAUCCUUUGGGAGCUGGAAGUCCAUCUUUUAUUUUUACUGCCUAUGUAAUACUGACACUUCUGCACUGGAAUGUUAAUAUUGUAAUGCUGUAUAAAGAAGCUGAAGCCUGGCUUCUCCAGUGUCUGGUUCAGUACUUCAGAACAUGUAAUUUAGGUUAUGAAUGAAACAUCUGGAUAGUAAAUGUCACCAAAAGAUUGUGAAACACUGUGAAGAUUAACAUGAAUCUCAAUUUACAGGCAAAGAAACCCAGAUGUUUUAUAAGGCAUAUUUAGGUUUGACUGCUGUAGCUUCCUUCCCAUCAAGUGGAUUGCCCCAUGCAUCUCCUGGAGCUCUUGGGGUUGCUUGUUUGAAGGAUUUCUUCAUAAGUAUGAGCCCUUUAGGGGAACCCACAAACUUUUCUUCCUGAAUACAAGCACGCAACAAGCUUUCCCUAAAGACGGACACAAUUUCCACAAUCUCCUCUGAGGGCUGAGCUGCAUCAUGACCUCAGUGGCAGUGGUGGCUCGGGGCCCCUCUGCCUGCAGUGCCAGGCAGCCCCGCUGUGUUGCUGGGCAGGCUGCAGUUGGCACUUCGGGGUGGGCACUGCGCUGCUGUGAUGGAACACAGAAGGUCCUGGAAACUCAUGGUAAAGCUGAAAGCGCAGCAUCGCAGGGCUCCAUUCCGCCUCGAUUUUUGCCUCUCAGGAGGCAUUUCAGGAAUCCUGUGACUUUUGAUGGCAUCAAUAAAUCAGACACUACACUGACAGAAUUUUACUGGAAUGUAAACAGAUGUUUAAAAUAAGGAUGUCUGUAUAGUGUUUGUUGAAUACAGCACAGGUACGGCUCUUUAAGCACUAGGGACAUUGAACUGCUGUGAUUAUCUGCUUUCAGUUGCAGUUGUGAAUAGGAACUUCACUUGAUUUUUUUUCUUUUUAACACAACCCAGAAUAUUUAUCAGGAGAUGACCUUACCCUGCUCCCCUCUCCAAGCAGCGUGUUUUCCUCACUGAGGUGAGAUGAGCAGCUCCACACAAUGUAGGGGAAAGGGGAGGAAUGUCUCUGUAUGGUAGCAUUAGCUGAUAAGGGAUAAUGAAUCACCUUUAGCUCAGGUCUGUUUAGCAGCAGCUGAUCUGUGGAGCUGUGGGCCAGUCAGCCUUGCCUCGGACCCUGGGGAGAGCAUGGAGCAAAUCUUCCUGAGAGAUGUUCCCAGGCAUGUGGAGGAUGGGAGGUAACUGGGACAGCUGUGGGUUUACCUGGAGCGAUUCAUGCCUUCUUCCUUUUCUGAAGAAAUGACUGGACCCGUGGAUGAGAGCUAUUUGCUGCUCACCUUUAUGUGAAGCAAGGGCUUUUGGUGCAGUCUGCCAUGUAAUCAGUGUAACCAAUUGGGGAAGUGUGAGUGAAGAUCUCCCUGUGCUGUCUGGCUCGAGGGGCAGCAGCUGGUUGUUCAGAGGCAGUGGUGGCCCCUCAGUGCUCUGCUUGGAGUCAGUGCUGGGUGAUGGGAUGCAGCGUGCUCGCUGGACUAGCAGAUGGCACCAGACUGCUCCGGAGAGCACAGCUGCUAUUGAGAAGGACUUCAGUAACCUGAAGGAAAGGGCUUUGAUUGAAACAUCAAAGGUCCCUAAGACAGAUGUCAAAUCCUGCAUCUGGAACCAUGCAAUGGUGUGGGCUGGGGAGCAGCUCUGCAGAAAAGGAUGCGGGGUCCCAGGGAACCUCAGGAGCAUGUCUGUAGUGUGUGCUUGUGAUGAAAACAGCUGAUUGUGGGCUGGCUUAUGUGGAGCCAGCAGGCUGAGGGGAGUGACCGUUCCCCUGUGUGACAUGGUGAAGUUGCAGCUGCAUCACUGAGAUGGGAGGUGAGCUGCAGUACGCCUGGAGUGGGGCUGCUGGGAUGGCCGGGGCAGGAACAGGUGACAAAUGAGGACAGGCUGAGGGGAUUGCAUUUGUUUAGCCUGGCAGAGAGGAGGCUAAGUGGGGAUUAAUUGGCACUCUUCCAGCUCUUUAGAAGUCAUUAUAGAUAAAAAUGAAAUCAGUGUUCCUCCAGAGGUUUGUGGCAAAAGGUCAAGACAAUGGUUAUGAGUUGCAAGAAAGGGAAUUCCUGCUGGAUGUCUCAGGGAGCGUGGGAAUAAAGAUUGUAUUGGGAGUGAUGCAGCACUGGAAUAAUGUCCAGAGAGGCCAUGGAGUCUGCAUCUUUAGAGAUGUUGAAAGCUUAGUGAAUGGAUCCCUCAGUAAGCCAAUCCAACCUUCAAAAUAGGUCUCCUUCCAGUGGAAGAUCAGCUGGAUUUUUCUUUAGUUAAUGUCCUUUUCUUUGCAAUCACAUAAAGCAUAACUGCAUUUCAUCAGACAGAUUCACCCGCAGAAUUAAUUCUCUGCUGGUAAAGCAGUGGAAGAUGCCGGGCACUGAAUGUCGUGCUCUCCUGCUUAUUCUGAUCGCAGUGCUCCUGCAUUCGCUCAGGGCACUGUCUUGCUCACUGUCCUCUUCCUGAAUGUAAGAUGAUAACAUUUGGUGCUGGGGCACCAAAACUCAUGCACCGAUACCUUCAAAGUCCAAUGCUAUGGCACAGGUUCAGGCUAAGUUCAUUUCUAGGAGAGGGGUCCAUAUAGCCCUUCAAUUAGCGUGAGUGGGACAAGGGCAGCCAGAGGUCAAGAGAAGUUCAGAAUAGCAUAACCUCUUUUUGCUGGCGUUUCCAAAUGUUCCUCAUCCUGCACAGCCCUCCAAGCUCUCCUUGCCAUCAUGUUUACUAUACAGCUGUAAAAGUCAAAGAACAAGGCCUGGCUUGAUACAAGGGAAGUUAGAGAUCGAGUGGUUGAGAAUAGGUAGCAUUGUUGUUUAAAACAGGAGAAAUAAUUGAUUUAUGUUAUGGUGGCCAAUUAGGCUGUAAACUGAGAAACUCUUAAAGCAACCCUGUGGCUUCAAGGCAGCUUUUUGCUCCGAUUUCUGUUCAGCAAAUAAGGGGUACCCCAAUAAGGGUCAUCAGCUCCAUGAGCUAAAUUAUUAAUUCCUUUCAUGCCACUCUGGGCUUGUAAACAGUAUAUAAUACAGGAAAACAAUUGGCAUCGUUCUCUUACUGGGCAGAGGAAAAGGUCAGAGGGUAAAUAGUUGUAUUGGCAACAGCUGGUCUUCAGAGCUGAGCAGACUUUUGUCCUUUUCAUCUCUUAGAGCAAACCUGUUUCCAAAGUCGUAGCUGGUUGUUGAUCUCUAUCUCUUAGCUGAAUUGUCUUUAGGAAUUUAAUGUUGCAUAUAAUCAUGAAAGUAAAAGGGCUGGCAGGGUAAGGGCAGAUAAGAAUGCUUCAAUGUCAACCUGGUCAAAGCAAGUUAUAGAGAAAGUAGUUGUGGUUUGGUAAAGUUAUUAAAAAAAAAAAAAAGUGAUUUGAGAUUAAUAGGCUCUGAACGCUGCUUUGCCAGCAGCAUAACAGAAGUGCUGAUGUGCUGGUGUUGUGGACUUGCCCUGUUGUGUGUCUGGGGGGACUUGUUGCUGGGUUCCAGCAGUGCCUGCCAGAACGUGGAGGCAAAUCUCAGAACUUUGGGCUUGAGCAGAAGGAAGUUGUGAACGUAUUGGUGAAUAUACUAGGAACUAAAAGCAUACAAAAUGUUAAGCCUGGACUGAAAUUUCCCUGUUCGGUGUAGCUAGGAGAUACUGUUGUGCUUCUGUUGUCUGUAACAUUUAAAGUGGCAUGGCAGGAGUAAGUGUAGAACUACAGGAGUUGAAAAAUCUUCACCAGGAUGCUCUUCAAAUGCUUACUGCUCAAAAGUCACUCUUUCAAAGACAUGUGCUACUUGGUUGCCUUUUGCAUGAUACUCGAUGACUAACAGCUGUUUGCAGGUGUAGCUUGCUGCCCAGGUGGUUUCCCCUGCAGCUCUGCCAUCUGGUUCUGGGGCAGCUGGGCUGGGGCAGCAGGUAAACCCCAAUAGAUGGCCAUCUGCUCAUCUGCUGCCUCAGCCUUUCUGAAAGCUCGGCUCUGCACAAAAAUGGCAUCUCCGUGGGCUUACUGGUUGGGCUUGCCAAUUCUACCACUGUCAAAGUAAUGCUGCACUUAUUUUGAUUCAUAUGUCAAAGUAUAUAUGGCUUUAAAUAGGAAAAGCAAGGGGAGAACAAACAAUCCACGAGACUCUUCCCAGGAAUCCAAAACUGUUCAGAAGUCCUGGGUAGCAAAUACCUUUAUCUCAGCAGGGAACAGGACAGACAUAACCCAGUGCACUUCUGACUAAACCUCUCACUGCUGUUUCUGUGGCUGGCAUUUAGUGCACUGGGCUGAAGCUGUUGGUCCUGUACUGUAAGACCAGGUCUCCUAAGCAGAGCACUCAUGGAUGCAGCAGGGAAGUGUGGCAGGAGGGUUCUGUUAGCACAGGCAUGGUCUGUCUGCCCCAUCUGCUCCAUGACAGCGGUCUGCCGAAGUGCUUAGAUCUGUGUGGUUUGCCUAAUUACAGCAGAACUUUUCACUUCUCAGUGUAAACAAUAGUCUUCAGAGAAUUGCUGCUGCCGAAUAAAUCAGAACUGUAAGAAUGUGGAAGAUGUGGUUUGGGCUGACAGUGAGCUCUGGCUGUGGCUGCUCUGUGCCUGAGGAAUGUAAACUCGUGUGCAUUUACUGGGUCUUAAAGAUAAAUAUGAUAAUGAUAUAUUUGUGAUAUCUACUAGUAUCAAAAUGAUGAACACUGGUUUGUUCAACUUGGGCACUUGUGGUAAUGGGGUAAGAGUAAAUGUUGUCUAUUUUGAGGAAGAUCAAGAUCCAGAGAGAACAUAUCUUCAUUCUAUGCAGUCUCAGAUUAGGACUGACCCUGUUACUGCAAAAUGGCUUUUUCUUGGUUUGGCUCCUGGAAAGCUGGAUCCUUCCCAAAAUGCAGAGGGUACCUGGCACUCCCUCCAGAUCACAUUCUGGCUUUGUGGUUUUUAUUAGCAAAGCACAGGAAGGUUGGUCUGUUUGCUCUUUCAGCUGUUACAAAAUAAAGCUUUUGGAGUGUCUUUGUCUUUAAAGGCAUGGCUUCUGGUACUCCUUUGUUCUGUGUACUUCUGGAAGGGAAUCUGUCUUCCUAUCAGGGAUCUUUUGAGAUUGCACUGGACACAGACAGCGUGGCAUCUCUUCGCUUUGCAGUAGUGCUUCACUUACAGGAUGAUAUUGUACACAGCUUAAAGCUGUCAGAACUUGGAUUUCUUCAUGGUGAAAAUAUUCUUAAACCACUGCAGGUCAGAUUGCUGGAUGGCUGCUCUGAAAGCAGGUCUGCAGAUAAUGGAUGUGCAAGAGAGAGAGACUGUAAAAGAGGAAGGGGGAAAAACUGCUUCUUAAAUGUAAAUUUUCAAAAUUAAAGGUUUCUUAAGUACCUGGUAAAAUGCACGUCACAACUUUCUCAUUUUCACUUUCCCAUUAGCUACAGAUGUGGAGCAGAUGAAUUCUUCUCCUGUCCUUCCUAUGAACUCCAUGGCCAAUGACCGGGUUGAUCAGCGAACCUGCCUGAUCUGCGGGGACAGAGCCACGGGUCUGCACUAUGGCAUCAUCUCCUGUGAGGGCUGCAAGGGGUUUUUCAAAAGGAGCAUUUGCAACAAGCGGGUUUACAGAUGCAGCCGAGACAAGAACUGUGUCAUGUCACGCAAGCAGCGCAACAGAUGCCAGUACUGCCGGCUGCUCAAAUGCCUCCAGAUGGGGAUGAACCGGAAAGCAAUCAGAGAGGAUGGCAUGCCAGGAGGAAGAAACAAAAGUAUUGGACCUGUCCAGAUAUCAGAGGAGGAGAUUGAAAGAAUUAUGUCCGGACAAGAAUUUGAGGGAGAGGCAAACAUGUCAUGGAGCAACAAUGGAGACAGCGACCACAGUUCCCCUGGAAAUGGAGUUUCUGAGAGCAACCAGCCUUCGCCUGUGUCUACUCCAUCUUCAAGUAGGUCCGUGGAGCUGAACGGAUUCGCUGCACUCAGGGAUCAGUAUAUUGGGACGCCAGUGUCCACGCACUAUCAGUACCUCCCGCACCUUUUUAGCUAUUCUGCUCACUCGGCGCUGGUGCCCCCCCAGACGCGCAGCCUGGACCCCCAGUCGCACAGCCUGAUCAACCAGCUGGUGUCAGCCGAGGACCUGGAGCCGCUCGGCACACCGAUGCUCAUUGAAGACGGGUAUAAAGUGACUCAGGCAGAGCUGUUUGCAUUGUUGUGUCGUCUGGCGGAUGAAUUGCUUUUCAGGCAGAUUGCUUGGAUCAAGAAGCUGCCGUUCUUCUGUGAACUCUCAAUCAAGGACUAUACCUGCCUGCUCAGCUCCACCUGGCAGGAGCUGAUCCUGCUUUCCUCGCUGACUGUUUACAGCAAACAGAUCUUUGGUGACCUCGCAGAUGUCACCUCCAAGUACUCGCCCUCUGACGAUGAGCUGCACAGAUUUAGCGAAGAGGGGAUGGAGGUGAUGGAGCGGUUGAUCUACCUCUUUCGCAAAUUCAACCAGUUGAAGGUCAGCAACGAGGAGUACGCAUGCAUGAAAGCCAUUAACUUCCUAAAUCAAGACAUUAGGGGUUUAACCAAUGCAUCCCAACUGGAGCAGCUGAAUAAGCGGUACUGGUACGUUUGCCAGGACUUCACAGAGUACAAAUACCCACACCAGCCAAACCGUUUUCCGGAUUUAAUGAUGUGUUUGCCAGAGAUACGAUAUAUUGCAGGAAAGAUGGUGAAUGUCCCACUGGAGCAGCUGCCUCUCCUUUUUAAGGCCGUUCUGCAUUCCUGCAAGACAAGCGUGAGCAAAGAGUGAGCCCGGCUUGGCCCCAGCCCGUGCCUUACUCUGUGCCUCAGGCAGGGAGCGGGCUCACCUCCAGAGGAUGGGGGAAACAUGAUCAAGGCAGGAGGGAAGUGCUGAGACAGGGCAACGGGUGUCCCUGCCUUUGUAGCAAGAAUCUUUUGUUUGUUUGUUUGUUUUUUGUUUUGUUUUUUACUCUUUUUCCUUAUAUAUUUAUUUCACGACAGAGUUGAAUGUAUGAUCUUCAACACGAUGCACAUGGUUCUGUAUGAAUGCAGCAGAUGCAUUCUCCAGCAGUUUACAGAAUGUGAAGAUGUUUAAAGUUGCAGUGUUUGUUAGGGUUAGUUCUUUUGUAUUUUGGGGCUGGGGACUGAGAUGACUAAGACUACCUCAAGGAGAAGAUGCUGUUCGCACACUGCUCUUUUCAUGAUUUGUAUCCAGAAGUGUUUGUCAUAGAAUGCAAACUGCCUCAUUGACAGAGCUGUCAGUAUCCCAGAUGGACAAUUUUGGAAAAGGGGGUGUUAGAGAAGUGCCAAGUCUUUUUUUUGUUUGUUUGUUUAAAAAA